UCCCACCAUAUUCCGGCUUUACCAAUACCCUCCACUCUCCAGUCAGGCCAUGCUCCGUGUAAGCUGCAUUGCAUGCGUCCACGAUAACCUCACAGCUUUUAUAUCCGUCUUAUGCACGUCUCUUGUACUGAGCGUACUUCACAAUGUUGGACCAUGCCACAUCGCGACAUGUAUCACACCACAUGUUGCACUGCUCCAGCACAAGGCUGGGGGUAUUCGAAAUCCGUUGUUUACAAGAUACUCCGUCUUUAAACAGCUGUGUUGACGAGGAAAGUCACAUCUUGUAAUUGGGCCGAACAGUCCUGUUUGAGACGACGAUAAAAACGUUGCAGAGUGAAGUGGUGAUGUCCACGGUUGUGAGGCUCAGCCCCACCGUGCUUGCCCCUCCACAACGAACACGCGCACUGCGGGGCACCUGCACCAGCAACAACCGCGAACUUUCAGAACAGAGCUCCCCGACAUUAACACCACACAACCGCCAAAAUGUUCAAGAAAGACAUUUCGGCCGGCGCGAAGUCGAAAGUAAAAUCCAGCGCCCAGCGCGCGAUUCGCUCCAAGGUGUUGGAGGAAUACCCCAAGCUCGAGCCCUAUAUCGAAGAUAUUCUCCCCAAGAAGGAGCAAUUAGACCUCGUUAAGCUACCAGACCGCGUCUCCCUCUACACCCUCAACUCGACACCCCUUUUCUUCCAACACAUGGACGACGCGCUCCUCCCGCACCUAACCCUCGUGCACAAAUACCCCACAGCCUUCCACCGCCUCCGAAUCGACCGGGGCGCCAUCCGCUUCGUUCUCUCCGGCGCCGCGCUCAUGGCGCCUGGCAUGACAUCUCCCGGCGGUCGUCUACCGAGCAAAGACCUGUCGCCAGAAGACCAGGAGAGGUAUGGGACGGAAGAUCUGGAGGCGGGGACGGUGGUGGUUAUUGAGGCCGAGGGAAAGGAGACGGCGUGUAUGGUGGGCGUGUUGAAGAUGGGGACUGGGGAGAUGAGGGAGAAGAAGAAGGGACAGGCGUGUGAGGCGGGGCAUUAUUUGGGGGAUGGGCUGUGGAGUAUGGCACUGUGAGGGGACAUUGAAGGAAAGGUUGAGACUAGGUGGAGAGCAUAGAGGCUUUCGAAGAUCAGUCUUCAGUAACAGCAAGAAAGAUUGUGUGAGAUCAUGACGGUUGGAAAAGCAUGCACACGUACAGCAUCAGUGCUUGAUAUGGCUCGAGACACUCCAUAGCGAUGAAGAUAGUUUGAAC